AUGACACAAGAAGAUCAACUUCUUUCACAUCCCGCCAUUAAAGAUGGAUGGUUCAGAGAAAUAAGUGACGCUCAUUUCCCUGGCCAAGCAUUUGCAUUAAAAGUCGAAAAGAUUCUACAUCACUCUCGUAGCGAGUUCCAAGAUAUCUUGGUGUUUAAAAGCACUACUUUUGGAAAUGUUCUAGUGUUGGACGGAAUAAUCCAAUGUACAGAACGAGAUGAAUUUGCAUAUCAAGAAAUGAUUGCUCAUGUCUCACUUUAUUCUCAUGAACGUCCUAAAAGAGUAUUAGUCAUCGGAGGUGGAGAUGGUGGGGUCUUAAGAGAAGUUGUAAAACAUCAUUCAGUAGAAUCUGUUACUUUAGUAGAAAUUGAUAAAACGGUCAUUGAAUUAUCCAAAAAAUAUUUACCUUCCAUGUCUGUUUCACUAAAUCAUCCAAAAGUUAAAGUAGAACUAUGCGAUGGGUUUAAAUUUCUAAAGGAUGCUUCAUACUUAGAAAGCAAAGAAAAAUAUGACGUCAUUAUCACCGAUUCUUCUGAUCCAGAAGGUCCUGCUGAAGCAUUUUUUGAACAAAGCUAUUUUAAAUUGUUAUACAAUGCAUUAAAUGAAAAUGGUAUUGUAAUCGCUCAAGCAUCUGAAAGUAUAUGGUUGAAUAUUAAUUAUUUAAAGAGUUUGAUAAAAACUGCGAAGACUGUUUUUUUAAAUACUCAAUAUUGUAGUACAUUAGUUCCAUCAUACACAUCUGGACAACUAGGAUUAAUUAUUUGUAGCAAAAGAAAUGAUUUGGAUGUUACAAAACCAUGCCGCAAACCUUUACCAGAAGAACAGUCAUCAAUGAGAUAUUAUAACCCUUCAAUACAUUCUGCAUCGUUUGUACUACCGACUUGGGCAAAUUCACUACUGAAUAAGGAUUAG